AAUACGGCUGGCUCAUGGAUAAUAAUACGACGUUUGUUGGCCGAUUGUCGCUAGUCUGUCAACCCAACGUCUUGAACCACAUACAAACCCAGUGCCCCUCCCCUGACGGGAUGAUCAUGGGUAACCACGAUGACAUCAUCUGGUCGUCUGUCAAGAGCGGCGACAUCAGCUGGAACUUUGAGAAAUUCCUCAUCGACCAUCACGGGAAGCCUGUGCACCGAUUACCGAGCGUCAAUUCAAAAGAGCAAAUUUGGAAGGCUGAUCGCAAACUGCCAAUCAGAGAUGGGAACAGUUCAGGAGGACUUUUCCUUGGACUUUUAGAUAAUCAUUAUCAUCAUAACUAUCAUCACAUUCAUGAUCAUCACAUUCAUCGUGAUUGAUUCAUAAUUAGGCCCAAGAAUGAUUAGUACUUUGUAAUUCUUUUCUGGAAUAACCAAAAUGUCACAAGGACAUGAAGAAGGUUGUGCCAGGCUAACGGACCGCACAGUAUACCGUGAUUGGGGCAUUCUUAGUUAUUAUAAUAGUUAUUAUAUUAGUCAUUAUUUAACUGACAGGCAAAGUGUUGAUCUGAUUGGUCAGUAGUAAACUUGUAGAAUGCAA